AUGUCUAAUGCAGAAAAGAAAUCCCAGGGCAAGAAGAAUUUGGAAAUGAUCAAGAAUGAAAAGGGGAGUCUCACUGAUGCACAAUUUGAGGAGAUUGUCCAAAGUGUACUUCAAAAGUCUUUGCAGGAAUGUAUGGAAAAGUUUGAGAAGAGAGUUGUUUCAGCAGAGUCUACUGAAGAACAGCAUUCAAGAAGGGAGACUUUGGAGGCAUUUCUAGCCGCAGAGGGUAAAGACCUGGGGAAGAAAACUGAAGUAAUGCUUUCAGAGGUGGAACAGAAAGAACACCAGUUAAAAAUGAAGAAGCAGAGCAAAUGUUGUGUCAAUAAGGGUGAAGAAAAUAUAAAUGAGAAAGCAGAAGCAAACAAUGUAGGGUGUAAGGAAAACCGGAAAGGAGAGCCCAAGAAAAUAGCUCAAGGCAACGCCCAAGACGUCAUUGACCAAAAGGAAAUGCAGGAGGAGGAGGAGAAGGCAGACGGAGGAAGUGGCAACAGCAGCUGGUGCACAGCUUGGGUCCAGUGUUCCUACCCAAACUGUGAGAAGUGGCGGCAGCUGAGCAGCGAUGUGGAUCCAUCAGUUCUGCCAGAUGACUGGUCCUGCAGCCAGAACCCGGACCUUCGGUACAACAGCUGCAGUGUUCCUGAGGAGACAUGGUCAGGCUCUGAAAAUGAAGUGGUCUAUGCCAUUUAUUUUCCAGGGUCAAUUGUAUGGGCCAAGCAAUAUGGAUACCCUUGGUGGCCAGGAAUCAUAGAAGCUGACCCUGACUUUGAAGAGUACUUCCUGUUUUCUUCCCAGGCAGACUCGCUUCCUUCCAAGUACCACGUGACCUUCUUUGGUAACUCCGUGACCCGCGCCUGGAUCUCUGCCUCCCUGCUGAAGAACUUUGGUGAACCGCCUGGGGAGGGAAAUGCCUUGGCCAAGCUCAGGAGCAAAGGUGAAAAGAAGAAUCUCAGAGUUGCUCUGGAGAUGGCAAAGGAAGCAGAGCAAAUAAGCAUUCAGGAGAGAAUAAGGAGGUUUGGGUUCCACAGCCGAUUCAGAAACAAAGAAUCUCCCAAAGACUACAAAACCCUGAAAGAUUGUAAUAAUGUGACCUCCAGGCCUUGGGCCAAAAGGACUCAAGAAACAAGGGGUGGAAAUGAGAAGGCUGCAACAUCAAGCAAGAAUGAAGAAAAGCUUCUUCAAGAAAUAUCAGUACUGGAACCCAAUGCAAAUAUCAAGAAGACAAUCAACAUGAAAGGGGACAAAAAACCUAAGUUAGCAACUGAAAAUGUCUCCCCUGUGUCUAAGAAGAGCCGGCGAGAGAAGCCAGCCCCCAAGCCUGCAGCUGCACUCAAAGGAUCUGAUCAACCAACAGAAAAACGGAGUAGUCAGAAAGGUUUUAAGAAAUCAUUCUCUGUGCCACAGUGUAAGACUACUCAAGCCAGACACCUCAAAUCUUGCCCAGACAACAGCACUGCAAACUUAGCAUUCUCUAGUGAUCCAAGCAAGAAAGACAGCUCGGAUGAGUCUGAAGGCUCCCCCGGGGCCCAAAGAAAGCUGAUGCAAAGGAAAGGUGCAGUUGGGGAACCGAAUGAAACCCUGGAACUGGAGAAGGGUGAAGAGGAAACCCUCAGCAGCCAGAAAAUGGCUGUCUCUGCCGAAGAGGAGGAGGAGGAGGAGAAUGAUUCUCCUGAAGACUUCUCUUUGGCUUUGUUUGAAGAAUAGCCUGACAGUAGAAAACACACAUACACGCACGCAUCCAAACAGCAAAAUAAAAGGGACAUAUUGCCUUUCUCGCCAGAAAUUACCCUAAACAAGCAGGAGGGUGAAAAUGUUAAUGAAAAGACAUUGCAAUGAUCAUAUCAGAUCAUGGAAGCAUAGCAAAAGAUGGGGAAGGUCAUCUUUAGUUUUCAUUUUUGAGUUUGGUUGACUUGAGAAGUUGGGGGUUACUUGUUUUUAAAUAGAGCUGGAAACUUCUCUGUUCCCUGCUUAAACAAACAACUGGAAGCAGAGCCAUAAACCAGACAGAAAUUUGCCCCUUAGUUAGUGCAAGAGAAAAACCAGGAAAAACAGCUUUUAAAUGUAGGCUAAUUUGAGGGGCUUGAUUUGCAUCUACUUGUUGACCCUAAAGAUGCCCUGUGCCCCCUCUCUGUUGUUUCG